UUGACAUUUAAAAAAAAAAAAAUCAAGGAAUCCCGAGUCACUGACCGUGGAUUCUUGCUUCUGUUUCUGCGCUAUCGUCCCAAGGAGACGAAUGCGAUUGAUUCCAGCAACUCAAGCCUUCGUUCUCUUCUUCUGAGAAAAAUGUCUCAUCUCAUCUCAAAAUCCACUUCCAGAUCACUACUAAGGCUGUUCCACCUCAAUCCGCUUCGUCGUUCUCUCUGCACAUCCACCCAAGAGAGUCGAACCCAGAAGCUCGAACGAAUCGCCGAUGAGCUUCUUGACCUCAACAAGUUGGAAAGGUACGACUUUACGAUUCUUUGGAGGCUCAAAAUGGGUCUCAACAAGUAUGGGCCCGCGGUCACGGGGUUCGGUUCAUCGGGUUCUGCUUCAGCCGGAGCUGGGUCUGGCUCGGCGGAUGUAAAGGCGGCGGCGGCGGAGAAGACAGCGUUUGAUAUAAAGUUGGAGAAGUAUGAUGCUGCGGCGAAGAUCAAGAUUAUCAAGGAGGUAAGAAGUUUUACUGAUUUGGGAUUGAAGGAAGCUAAGGAUUUGGUGGAGAAAGUUCCAUGUGUUUUAAAGAAAGGAGUGACAAAGGAGGAGGCUGAUUCUAUCAUUGAGAAGCUCAAAGGGGUGGGUGCUUCUGUUGUAAUGGAAUAAUCUCAGUUUUGCUUCUGUAAUGUAGCCUUUGUUUUAAUUUUUCUUUAUUAGAGUAUUGAUUUGUUUUGGUCACUGAUCAAUGAAAAAUAUAUCUUGUUUCCUCAGGUUAGUCGAUGGUUUUGUUCAAUAAGAUUCUCCGUGCUAAUUGAUAUCCAA